AUGGCCGGAGAGCAAGCUGGAAAGCAGCGGGGCGUCGGCGGGGUCGGCGACCACUACACGCGCAUGAUCCAGGGCGGCGACGACGACGAAAAUGAGCAGCAGGAGAAGCCGGCGGCGGCCGUGGUUGCGGUGAAGGGCGUGGCGGCCGCGGCGGCGGCGGGGGCGAUGCUGCUGCUGGCGGGGCUGACGCUGACCGCGACGGUGCUGGCGCUGGCGCUGGCGACGCCGCUGCUGGUGAUCUUCAGCCCCGUGCUGGUGCCCGCCGCGGCGGCGGCGUCGCUCCUGGCGGCCGGGUUCGCGUCCGCCGGCGCGCUCGGCGCCGCGGCGGCGGGGGUGCUGGCGUGGAUGUACCGGUACGCGCGGUCGCCGUCCGGGGAGCGCGCGCCCGCCGGCGCCGACAAGCUGGAGCACGCCCGCGCGCUGCUCGACGCCAAGGCGCACGACGUCAGGGACUGGGCGCAGCACCGCCUCGACCAGGCGCGCUCCUAG